AUGGGAUACGACCAGCUUCCCGUGAGUGUUCCCGAUCGACAACCUCCCCCGUACUCCUCUCCAUUUUCCCUAACACAGCACUUUCCCACUCCCCAGGAGACCUUCAGCUCGGUCCCACAACCCCCACCUUCGUAUAGACACGGACCUCCGCCACCGCAACAACAGAGACAGCAGAUGUACACCGGCUACAACAAUCCCCGUGGCGGUAACGACGACCUUCCCCAUUUCCCCACCCCUGGGGAGACUUUCUCGGACGCUCCCCCUCCACCUCCCCAGCAGCAGCAGUAUGGACGGCCUCCUCCUGGCGGCCCCAACCGUCAUCAGGCUCCCAGAAAGCCCUCGGGCGGCAGCCAUAGCAACCAGGGCCACAACAACAGCUACAAUAACAACUCCAACUACAACAACAACUACAACCAGGGAGGGUCAGGAGGUUCGAGCGGUGGCCCUGGCGGCUACAACAACAACUUUGCCCCUCCACCACCACCUCAAGGACAGCCGCUACGACCCAGCCCACGGUCUCACAACCAGCAGCUGCAACAGCCUCCGCCCAUGCAUCAGGCCGGAGGACCCAGCGGAAAUAACAGACCUCCUCCCAGUCGCCACAACAACAGCAACAGCAACAGCGGUGGCACAAAGCCAGGAACACAGUCGCCUAUUCCAUACGCUCCUUUACCUGAUGUGAAUCUCAAGAUGCUGUUCAACGGCGUGGACAAGAACAACAAUGGCCGGCUUUCGGAAAAGGAGCUGGGCAACGCUCUUGUCAACGGGGACUUUACAAAGUUCAAUAUGGAGACGGUGAGAGUCAUGAUCAAGAUGUUCGACCGGUCCGGCAAUGGAACCAUCGAAUUCAAGGAGUUUUGCAACCUGUGGCGUUACUUGGGCGACUGGCGCAAGCUGUUUGACAAGUUUGAUCUGGACAAGAGCGGAUCCAUCUCGUACGACGAGUACGUGCGAGCCCUGGAGGCAUUUGGAUACCGUCUGUCUAACAGUUUCAUCCAGUUCAUGUACAGCAAGUACUCAGACUUCAACAGCUCUGGUGAGCGAGUCAUUGGCUUUGACUUGUUUGUCCAGAGCUGUAUUUCGCUAAAAAGGAUGACAGACUCGUUUGUCCAGUAUGACACGGAUCACACGGGCUACGUCAACCUGUCUUUUGAGCAGUUUCUGAUGGAAAUAAUGAAACUCAAGUAA